AUGGGACCUGACAAUACCAGGCACUCCACCACCACGACACCUGCGGACACCACUACUACCGACACUACACACCUUGUACACAAUAAGAAUGGUCUUCGUAAGUUCAUCGAGACAUCUACUGCUGUUGUGGUUGAUAGUAACUGUAAAGUAAUUGGCCGCGAUGUCUCGCACCUCAAACUCACCAAAUUCAAUAAGAUAGGGGGACAUAGCAUCAUCUACAAGUACGACAAGUAUAUCAUCAAGGAGAUUAUGGAAGAGCAUCUUAUGUACGAGAAAAUUAUGGCCAACUACCCCCAGUUGAGCCAGUAUUUACCUCUAUACUUGGGCACGGUUAAAUUGCAAUUAAACCAUGAGGUGAAAGAUUACAUAGUUUUGGAGGAUUUGACCAAUGAGCUUCUGCAGCCGUUUGUUGUGGACUUGAAGAUGGGCACGCGGCAGUAUGGUAUCCACUCACCACCCGAAAAGGUCAAAAGCCAGAAACUCAAGUGUAAAAACCUGACGUCCUUAAGCUUGGGAAUACGAUUAUGUGGGCUCCAGAUCAUCAACAAGAAGGGAAACUUUGAGCUCUACGAUAAGUACUACGGACGCCAGCUAAAUGCUACUGGGUUCUUGAACAAUCUUGUUCGAUUUCUAAAUAACAAAUCUCGUUACACCCUACUCAUCAAAUGCUUGAAGGUGGUGGAGCACUUGAAGCUGAUCUCCAGUAUGAUCGAGCUGUUAGACUACUUCCGUCUUUACGGGUCGUCAAUUCUUAUUAUAUAUGACAACAUGGAUGACUUCAACGUGAUUAUCAAGCUCAUUGAUUUCAGCAAGAGUUUCUUCUACCUGGAGCAGGAGUUCGGGAAUUUGAACUUGGAAGCAACAAAGGAUUAUGGGUAUUUGAAGGGAAUAUUCAAUCUCAUCGAGCUGUUUAAGGUGAUAUUCAACGCUGCCAGUGGCAUGGUGAUUGAAAACGAUAAUGAAAGAGUGUUGAUGGAGACUAUUGAACGAAACAAGCAUGACUAUAUGGAUAGUUGGAACAAGAAAUUGGAGUUUCCGACUUUUCGUUACCAGUAUGAUGACCUUACUAGUGAUUAG